AGCCUCUUUUGAGAGCGCCUGCGCCAGUUUUAGUACGCGCCACGAUUGCCGGGAAACCGUGACACCGUGGUUCCAGUUUCUAGUUCUUGCUAGAAAUCAUGGCCAAAUUUGUGAUCGCGGGUAAAGCAAACUGCCCAUACUAUGCUAAGGCAGAGCUUCUGGCAGACUAUUUACAAAAGAAUCUUCCUGACUUUCGGAUUUUUAAGAUCACACAACAUCCUGAUGUGUGGGAGGAAUGGCUGGAAGAUGUUUGUGAAAAGAAUAUGUGGGACCACAGAACCUCCCCCAUUAUCUGGAGAGAGCUGCUGGAUCGUGGAGGCAAGGGCUUGCUUUUGGGAGGAUACAAUGAGUUUCUGGAACAUGCCCAGCUUUACUACGGUGUCACUUCCAACAUGACAACAGAGCUGAUGAUGGUCAUCGCUAAAGAGAACAUGCAGACACAUACAGAACAAGAGCUGGAUAAGGAAAACAUGAAAGACCUCAUCAGUCCCUUGCAGGUCUGGAUUGCCAGUGCAGGUACAUAUGUGUGCUGCCACUUAAUUCCCCUCUUGCUAAGUGGGGAAGUGUUUGGGAUGCACACAGAGAUCAGCCUGACCCUGUUUGAUCAGGAGCAAAGGGAGGACUGCCUCAAAAGCAUAAUGAUGGAAACCCAGAACUUGGCUUCGCCAGUCCUCCGCACUGUCUCCUUCUGCACUACGGUAAAGGAGGCCUUCCUGCAGGCUGAAGUCAUCAUCAUGCUGGACGACGUUACAGAUGAGGAAGUGUACAGCCUGGAGAGCUGCCUGCGAAGCAGGGUGCCACUGUGCCGCCUCUAUGGUUACCUGAUAGAGAAAAAUGCUCACAAAUCUGUCAAGGUCAUCGUGGGAGGGAAAACCUUUGUGAAUCUGAAAACAACUUUGCUCAUGCAAUAUGCCCCUAGCAUCGCAAGCAACAUCCUUGCAGUGGCUCUGGGGGUAGAAGGCCAAGCAAAAGCAGUACUGGCCCGAAAGAUGAAAACAACUUCAGCCAGCAUCAAAGAUGUGAUAAUUUGGGGUAAUAUCACUGGAAAUAACUAUGUUGAUCUGAGAAAAGCAAAAGUUUACAACUAUGAGAGUGCUGUUAAAGGACCUCCUGGAUAUUAUCACUCUGUGUUAAGCUCUAUUUUUGACAGAGAGUGGAUAACAAAAGAAUUUGUGCAGACACUUCAAAACUUAAGCAACACUGGAAAGCAAUUUGGAGGCAUUUUGGCUGCACACAGCAUAGCCACCACCCUCAAGUACUGGUACUACGGCUCGCCACCUGGAGAGAUCGUUUCCUUGGGUGUAAUGAGCGAAGGGAGCAGGAGGAGUCAAAGUAGGCUUUGUGGAGAGAAGGCAUUGUCAGAAGUCUCCAAGUGUUUGCUGUUGACCUGGAGGGCCCACGUGGGAGAGCACUGAACACCAAGAGCAAAGACUCAGAGACAGGAUCUGAAUGUGCAAGGAGACCUAGGCUUCAGGAGAGCAGGUAACAUAGGCAACGUAGAAAGACUGCUGCCUGUCAGCAAACACUGCGGAGGUGUGAUGUAAACUAAAGAGUAUGCACAAGUCUUCCAGCAUCCUUAGAAUCCAGGGAAAGAGAGUGGCUGCUGUUACAUCCUCUGUAUGUUCAGCCACAAGCAUUUGGCUUUUGUCUUGUUCACUCCCUGAUCUUCAGGCCUGGGACUCUCUGCUGAGUUCUGUCCUUGGUUGGUUAGCAACAUGGCCAUGUGAAUGGCGUGCUCUCAACCCAGUGUACAGCAGCCUGAACCAAUCAGAUCCACCUCUGGCAUCCCUUAUUUAACAACAGUGUCACCAUUUCCUCCUUGUUCCAAUUUCAGUGCACCUCAGAGACAUCUUCAAACAAUCCACAGUGUGAGAAUUAACCUCUGUCUGUCUUCUAUGUCCACACAGCAUUCUGUUCCUCUCUCAGACAGAAUACUCUUAACCGGCCUUUUUAGAUGCAUCUAUUAGAAUAUGUGCACCGAGGACAGGGCUUCCUGUGUGUCACCUUCUACAUCUUCACGGGAGAAGUAUCUUUUGUGACUGUACAGUUGAAAUAAUUAUUAUUAUGACAAUUACAAAAUACAAUCACAAAAUGUUAUUACAAUAAUAACAAUGAUUAGAUAAGCACUCAUAAUUCUAUCCCCAUAAAGCACACUCUCUGCAGAUGAGAUUCAGGCAGCUUGAACAGUCUGGGAGGCUUUAUGGUGAACAGACUGUUAGUAUGGCUUCUUCAGUGCACCUAGGGUUUUGUUGACAGAGAGACAGACUAGAUAAGACACAGGGCCAAAGGACAAGCUUUGCAGUGGUGGAAGUGAGAUUUCAGAGCUGUUACCACAAAGCCACCCUAGACUGCUGGGAUCGACAUGUACUAUGGAAGACCACAGUACUACUGACUUUGUGCUCCUUCGUUAUAAUGGCAUUUCGAUAUCUUUAGGCUUGCAAAACUACCUGUUCCCACUAUGCAUAUGACACCAUGGCACACCCAAUAAACUAUAUCUAAAGACAAAAAAGGAAGGUAAACCUACUUCUGAGAAAGUUCUGACAUAUUCCUAUAAUUUUACACAUUUUUCUCUGCCUGAACUCAUGAAUAAUAUCCCCCUCCUUCAAAGUCUGUCUAUGAAAUGACUAAACAAGAUGACAGCAGUAUGAUUCUCUUGAAAA